AUCAGAGUGAGUGAAAGAAAGAGAAAGAGAAGAAGCGUUUCGUCCUCUUCGUUUCCUUCUUCCAUUAAUACAAAGCAAAUCCUACUCAGAAAGCUUUAUUCAAUCUCUCUACUUCAGUUUCUGUGUCCCCAUUUUUCAUCAGAAAAUUUAAAAGAGUUAAACUUUAACCUCAAAAUCUGGGAAUAAGUAAAAAAGAACCCAGUUUCUGAUUAUCAUUUUCCCUUUAUAAUCGAAAGUUUCGAUUUUUAAGAAGACCCCAGAAGCUGUGUUCUUGAUUUUUUCUUGGUGAGAGUAAUCUUUUUUUUUGGGAGGGUUUAAAGGGAAAAUUUUGGGUGAGAAUCUGAGUGUUGGGAUUUACAUAAAACGAUAAAAAGGAAAGAGCUUUAUAUUGGGAAUUAUAAAGCUACCAUAUUGGGAUUUGUGGUGUUUUUAUUAAUGAGAGAAGACCAGAAAUUAUUAAAUUUCCAAACUUUGUCUUCCAUUUCGUGGACUCAAAUUUGUUUAUAAAGAUCUCAAAAUCAGAGAGAUUGAGAAGACCAAGAAGAAGAAUUGAGAGAAUGUGGUGGUGGUCUUCUUCAACUAAAGGUCGUUCAAAUCUGGAGAGGUUUCUUUUAGGAAUCACUCCUAAGCCUCCUUCGUUCUCUCAUCCUCAGGAACAGGGAAAGGAGGAGAUUGAGUAUUUCAGGCUUGGUGAUCUCUGGGAUUGUUAUGAUGAGAUGAGUGCAUAUGGCUUUGGAACACAGGUUGAUCUAAGCAAUGGUGAAACCGUUAUGCAGUACUAUGUCCCGUACCUAUCUGCCAUCCAAAUCCACACUAACAAACCCGCCUUGCUUUCCAGGAACCAGAAUGAGGUGGCUGAAUCUGAGAGUAGCGAGGGUUGGAGCGAUAGUGAGAGUGAAAAGCUAUUGUCAAGGUCAUUGAGCAAUGAUUCGAGCAAAACAUGGGAUGCUGUCUCUGAAGAUUCGGUUUUCGAUCCGGAUGGUACGCCAUUGCUGAAAGAGAGACUUGGUUGCCUUGACUUUAAGUACAUUGAAAGGGAUCCUCCGCACAAGCGGAUUCCCUUAACCGACAAGAUAAACGUAUUGGUGGAGAAAUAUCCAGGACUCAUGACCUUAAGGAGUGUCGACAUGUCUCCUGCAAGUUGGAUGGCUGUUGCGUGGUACCCGAUAUAUCAGAUCCCGACCUGCAGAAACGAGAAAGAUUUGACGACAGGCUUCCUAACUUAUCAUACUCUAUCUUCGUCUUUUCAAGAUAAUGUGGUGGAAGGAGAUCAAAGCAACAACACAGGCAAUGAAGAAACAGAGUUUUGUGAAGAGUCUGUUAUAAACAAGAGAAUCCCAUUGCCUCCAUUUGGUGUAGCAACUUACAAAAUGCAAGGAGAUCUUUGGGGGAUGACGGGAUUUGACCAAGACCGGUUGGUUUAUCUUCAAAGCGCUGCGGAUUCAUGGCUGAAACAGCUCAAUGUUGAUCACCAUGACUAUAACUUCUUCCUAAACUCAAGCUUCUAAAGAUCAAUCGGGUCGUUCGUAUGUUUAUCCUUCUCCAAACCUUGAAAAAACUUAUAACCCUCAACUUUUCUUUGUUGUUUUCAAAAGCUCCUUUCCUUCUCUGUGUUUUUUUAUUUUUGUCUGGCUCGUUGUGUUGUUUUAGGUAGCAACCGCCGCCAUCGCGGAGUUUUUUCUCCUGUUGCAAGCCCAUCAUGGAAGUUUCUAAGAAGAAAACAGAGCUUCUUUUUUUUUUCACGGUGUUGAGAAAACAAGAAAGUUGUUUUCUUUUCUUGGGUGAGAUCAUGUAAAUUGACCUUGAACAGAGAACUCUGUUUUGUACUUUUCUGUCUAAAUAUAUAAAAAUCUGUCUUUCUUGUAU